ACGAACUCAUCAAUGAAGUAUUUCCGAUCAUUGAUAAUCAUAAAAACAAAAAAUGGUUGAGUGAGCGAGCAAUUUUGGCAGCUAAGAACAAAGAUGUGAAUGACUUAAACUUUGUAAUUCAAAAUCAAAUCGUUGGUACUCUGCAUACAUUCAAAUCUAUUGACUGUGUAACAAACGAAGAAGAAGCUACCAACUAUCCAACUGAAUUUUUGAACUCCUUAGAUGUGCCUGGCUUACCACCGCACAAUUUACAAUUAAAGAUUGGUUCGGUAGUCAUUAUGCUUCGAAAUCUAAACCAACCAAAACUAUGCAAUGGAACGCGUUUAGUGAUAACAAAACUGAUGGCCAAUGUGAUUCACGCAAUGAUACUCAAAGGAAAAUUCAAAAGUGAUGAAGUUCUCAUUCCGAGGAUUCCAAUGAUCUCAAUCGAUAUGCUCUUUGAGUUUAAACGAAUUCAAUUUCCUAUUCGGCUUGCAUUCGCUAUGACUAUAAAUAAAUCACAAGGUCAAUCCUUUAGUGUUUGUGAUCUGAAUCUAGAAAAUGCAUGUUUUUCACAUGGUCAAUUGUACGUGGCAUGUUCACGUGUAGGCAAACCAUCUGCUUUAUUUGUUCUUGCGCCUGAUAAAAAAACAAAAAAUAUC